CAGACGCGUCCAAGAGCUACACCCUUUGGGCAUGCCUCUAGAGACUCCUACUCAUUCACGACCGUCAUGAACAUUCCUGCAAACGACGCUUUCAGCCUCAACUCCAGAUCUCACCGCCGCCGCUCUGUAACCCGUUCUCCACCUCCGAAAAUUGCGUUUUUCUCCUCGCCGCCCGUUCAACCGCGACACGGUGCCCGGAAACAUUCGAUGACUCUCCGUCACCGCCCACAUUCCAAUGGGUCUGUGUCGCAUGUAGAUGGCUAUACCAACGGUGAUGCUCGUCAUGCUCUCCAAGAGAAGGCCGCUGUGAGACGCGAUGAUGAGACAGUCAAAGGGCACACGAGUCAGAAGAUUGACUGGGAGAUUCCGCGCAAGGCCCUCCAUUCAUCCAUAGGGUUCUUCGUCAUCCCUCUGUACGCUAAUCAUGUUUCACCAUCAAGCGUCGCUGUGGCCCUAUCAGCAUUUUGUACUUUCACUGUGUCCGUUGACUUCGUCCGUUUACGAAGCAAGUCCUUCGCCAAGAUGUAUGAGAAGGUCCUUGGGUUUCUCAUGCGUGAAUCGGAGAAGGAAAAGAUCAAUGGCGUCAUUUGGUACCUUCUGGGAUGCAUAUUUGUCUUGACUUUCUAUCCCGAUGACCUAGCAGUUGUAUCAAUCCUUGUCCUGUCGUGGUGUGAUACUACAGCAUCAUUCUUUGGGAGACUCUAUGGCUCGCGGACCAGUCGACUCCCUCAGUCUAUUUCCCUUCCUUUUACCAGUGCUCGACUUCCUCUUCCUUUUGCUAAGCGCAAAUCGGUUGCUGGCUUCCUUGCGGGGUCUGCGACUGGCACACUUAUUGCUUUCGGUUUCUAUGGCUGGCUUACGCCUUUUGGCGCAUCGCCGCCUUCACUUCCGGAGGUCAUUCUAGAUGGCACUCAAUCUGUUUCUUCACUCGCUUCGCUAGGCAAGCUCUCCUGUAUUGCAUUGGCUAGUGGGUUUCUUGCUGGCUUCGCAGAAGCCAUAGACGUUGGUUCUUUAGACGACAAUCUUACUUUGCCGAUAAUCUCAGGUGGUCUUAUUUGGGCAUUAUUCAAAGCCGUUGAUUAUUUCUUCUCAUCUUGAAGACUAUACCACGCUUAUAUUCUUCUCCCAUCCUUCCCCUCCUUACACGCUUGUACCUGACUGUGUUUUUUGUUGCCGUAAUGAUUUGCCUAAUUUGAAGACAAUGAUAUUAUUUGUGUUUAGACGAACGAGUGAGCUCAC